UCACUCCUCCACCGAUAGAUGGCGCACCUCAGUGAUUUUCCGGUAUAGUCUGAACCUCUCUCUGUUGUGCACGAGAAUGGCGACACGUGCUAAAGCAGGUCGUGUGGCAAAGCGUAAAGCGGAUGUGCUAGCAGAAGCAGAACCUGUGGCCAAACAGGAUAAAGGGAACAACGGUGAACCGGAGGAUGAUGAAGGACAGAGAGUCGUCAUCGAACACUGUAAAAGCUGACGUGUGUACGGGCGGAAUGCCGAUGCAGUGCGUGAGGCUCUCUUCUCUGCACAUCCUCAGCUGCGUGUCCUGCUCAACCCCCAGAAGCCUCGACGCAACAGCUUUGAGGUUACUCUGAUUGAUGGGAGCAAAGAGGUGGUAUUGUGGACGGGUAUCAAGAAGGGUCCUCCCCGUAAACUGAAGUUUCCAGAGCCUGCUGAGGUUGUAACUGCUCUGGACAAUGCCCUGAAGAGCAAGUAGAUAUUGUGAGGAAAGUUACUAAUCUUGGGUUUCUUGGAUGCAUAAUGAUGAGAAUGGACCAAACAGUUGACUCAGUCUGUUCUCUGAUGACUCGGCAUCCUGACCUGAAUCGUUGCUUCCUCCUUUUUGUGUGAUCUUCUGCUUUGCAUCUUUUACAAACUGAGAUGUUCUGUCUUUAACUGUGUUAUGUUAUGUUAGUACACAAAUUUGUCUAGACAUUUGCUUCCAUUAUGUCUUGGGAAAUGUUUUGUACACUAUAUAGGCAAAAGUAUGUGGACACCAGACCAAUACAUUUAUGGCACUUUUACAAUUAUGCCCUCAUCCAGAAAGACUUCUCAUUUAUACAACUUAGCAGCUGUAGGUUAAGGGCCUUCUUCAAGGGCCCACCAUUGACGGUUUGGUAACCAUGAUACCUCUGUGUUUGUUGAACAUACUCUCUCAGAUUUGGUUCCUUUAUUGCUGUUAUAAUAACCUUUUUUUAAUCUACCAUGACGAUUCGGACAUGUGCCAACUGACAACAAGCAUCAGUAAGGCACUGAUGUAGAAAGAGGAGGCUUAUGGUGCAGUUGGCAUUUUAGUUUAUUAAAAGUGUUCAGUGGGGUUGCUGUCAGGACACACAAUCUUAUACUUUAUCCUUUAGAAAACUGUCAAUUAUAAUUUUACAUCAUACAGAAGACCCAUAUGUGGGUGUAAUUGUAGGGUAUGCACAUAAAUGUGGCCAUAUAGUGUACGUUUGUUAUUGAAAUGUAUGUACAUGGUUUUUGUACAUGGUAAACUACUUGUGUAAAAGAAUAAAAUGUAUCUCGAUUCUA